UACAUUGUUAUAAAAAUAAAAUGGAAAGAAAAGUAAAAGCAAAAAGUGUAAUCCAUGAAAAACGCAAGAGAGUGUCCAUCUCACAUAAUGAAUAUCGAAAAAAUUGGAGUCUUAAAGAUGCUUUGAAAGCAUUAGCCAUAGAAGAAGAAUUUGAAGCAAGAAAUAAUCAAUUUACAACACUAUUAUUAAGAUUUCCCGAUCCUGAGUUGAGUUCUGAUAUUGUUAAACAGUAUUCUACACAUAUUACACAUGUACACUUUCAACUUCCUUCGGUGUCGAGGAGCUGCAUAGUACGUUUAGAGAAAAACGCCAAUAUUAGAGAUGUUAUAGAGAAUAUAUCAAAAAUACCUUUUGGUAAUGGAUUUGUAUCGGCAGAACUUAAAUCUCCAAAUGAUACAAAGAAAUCAUGUCCUGAAGAAAUCGAUCCUUUUUCACUGUAUGUGGGAAACUUACCUAACACUUUACAAGUAAACACAUUAAAAAAUAUUGUCAGCAAUGCACAACGCAUUGACUUGGGAUAUGCUCAACGUUUUAAAUGUACUCGAUAUGCAUUUGUACGCUUUGAUUGUGUAGAUGCUGCUAUAGAAGCAUAUAUGAAGCUUUAUAAUACCACAAUGGAAUCUCGUUCUUUAAUAGUACGUUUUCGUAGAACGAAAAGUACAAUAUCAUCUUCAGAUCCACGUGACCCUCCAGCGAAUAAAGUACCAAAAUUAGUAAAUGAUGUAGCAGAUAAAAAUAAAAGUAUUUCACAAAAAGUUACGCUUUCCAAUGGAGAGAACACAAUAGUUCACGAUUCAAAAAUCAAUGUAUUGGAGGAUUCGGCUACUUUAAGAAGUAAUAUGUUAAUCAAUUCUAAUACCGUAACAGUAAUUCAUAACGAAAAAUCGUUAACAGAUAGUCAGCAAAAUACAGCUGUUGCACAAAGUACUUCAAAUGUUGCCAUCAAAGAGGAACAAUGCUCUGAUGAGGAUAGCCUAAGCUGGUUCAAUUUAAUGAAUGAAAAUAACUUAGAAACGUUAAGCACUGAACGUACAACAACAGAACACGAACCUUUCGAAUAUAUGGAAUUCUAUAAUGAUGACAAUUGGUCCACCAAUAUGAGAAAAUCAACUAUUGAACAAAAGCCAGAUGUUACUAACAUAAAUUUGAAUGUAGUUCAACAAUUUUCUGACAAGAAGAUAUCGGAUACUCAUGAUGACUUACUGCAAGAGGUUAUUAAAGAACGGCAAGCAACAAAAAAAAUGCAACGAAUAAAAAAUGAACGUGAUGAGUUAGAUGAUAUAUUUGAACAAAUGAACUCAGACCUUGAAGACUAAUAACGUUUUAAGUUAGCACAGCUGAGAAAUAUUUUUUGCAUACUCGUUUUCGUUUAGCCAACUUGCAUUAACUCUUUCUGUAAUCUUGGGUUAAUGUAAAACUAAUGGCAUUCACAAUCUAGAGUAAAAAACUUGGUAACCAAUUAGCAUAGUAAUAGUAGAAAGUUGCAACAAGAAACCACAUUUUGUUUUACAAUUUUAUUAAGUUACUCGAUUAUAAAGUUACUCGGUUCGUAACUCGAGUUCACGAAUGCUCUAUUUUUCCAAUGUGGCUCGUUUUUAUUUGUUUUGUUUUGGUUUAAAUGCAGAAAAGGGUAAAUAUUAAAGUAAUGACCCUUAUACCAUUAUAAUACUCUAAUA